GUUGCAGCGGAGAUCUCCCUAUCCACCUCCCAGCUGCCUGUGGUGGGGCAGUUGGGCCAGGACGUGGUGAUACCCUGCCAGCUCUCCCCACCGGCCCCCCUGCCCAGCCUGGAGGUACGCUGGAGGAAAUACGGCCUCCAGACUGUCAACGUUUACCAGCACAGGGCAGAUAGAGCUCAGGAUAUGCCAGGAAAAGGCUAUGAGGGCCGGACCGAGCUCUUCCCCCAGGAGUUCAGCCAUGGGAACGUCUCCUUGAAGCUGAAGAGCCUUCGCCCAGAGGAUGCAGGCAGCUACCAGUGCUUUGUGGGAAGCCAGCAAAGCAACCUAGAAGCCACCACUGUGCUCCAAGUAGAAGCUGUAGCCCCGGUUUACCUACAUGUCGUGAGGCCCAAGGGGUCAGGACUGGAGGUGUCCUGCAAAUCCAUUGGAUGGUUUCCCAAGCCUACAGUCCGUUGGGUCACACAGGACGAGCAGGCCCUGGCAGUGGAGCCAGUGACCACCAUCACACAGGAUCAGCAGCAUCUCUAUACCGUGGAGAGCCACAUCACUGUACCUGGAGGAAGGGACACUGACAAAAUACGGUGUGUUGUGCGAAGUAGCCUGACGGGUGCCGAGCAGCACUCAGCUGUGAAGCUCGGAG